CCCCUGCCGGGCGAUAUGACAUCCCUGUCGUUGGCGGUGAAAAUGCAAAGUUCCAAGCGUACACUGCGCUCACACGAAAUACCCAUAAGUGCAGCAACAACAACUAGCGGUGGUGCCAGCGGAGGUGGUAGCCAAGGUAAUUCUGGUGGAAAUACCGGCAGUGGAGGUGGCUCUAAUAACACCACAAAUAAUGCCGGCGGUGUGAGUAAUUUAUCGAUAAUGCAACAGGGCAAUACAUCACUGACCACGUCAAUGCUUAAUUCGUCUCAAUCGAAUAUGGGAGGAGGCAGUGGUGUUGGCGUCAGUGGCAGUGGUGGCGGCAACACGCAUAUGAUCGGUACACCCGGAAAUAUUGGCAAUGUGGGUAUUGGUACCAGCGGCAAUCCGACGGCCGGUCUACUGAUGAGUGGCAGUGUGCCAUUGUCUGAAACUGAACUGGAUUUAAAUUUUAGUCUUCAAUAUCCUCAUUUUAUCAAGCGUGAUGGCAAUAGACUGGUCAUACUACUACAACGACGCAAAAAAUACAAAUCACGCACCAUACUCGGCUAUAAAACCCUGGCCGAGGGCUUCAUUCGCAUGGAUGCUGUAUUGCAGAAAUCAAUGGAUAUGACUGUGGAAUUGACAGCUUCCGGUAAAAAUGGCCGACCCGGUACAACAGUUGCCUGUUUACGUGCCGAACGUGUUUCGUCCAUUCCCGUCGAUCAUGACAAUAAAAAUAAUAAUAGUGUCCUAUUGGCAGAUCGCGUCGCUGAAUACUCCGACGAAGAUGAAGAAGGUGAAUUUAGUUCGGGUGAAUUUAAUGAUGAUCUCGGCAUACCCGGCUAUGAUCCAAAACGUGAUUACAAUCCUUCCAAACACGAUAUGCGUAAAUAUCGUAAGCUACAGCGUUCCGAAGUGGAAGAUGUUGUGGCCUUGGGUGGCCCCAACAAUCCCGUCGACAGUGAUAGUGAAUUCGAAAUGAAGGAUAAAAGUUCGUCGCGUGCAAAAAUUAGCAGGACAAUUUCCCUGCAACAGCGUAAUUUUAAGCAAAAAAUCUUUGCCCUACUCAAACGUUUCAAGGCAUCCGAAGAGCUGGAAGGUGAAGUUAAUCGCAGCACAGCUGCUCUACGUGGUGAACGUGAUUUGGAUGCAUUAUUUCAAGAGCUCGAAUCGUUGUCAUGCUGUGAGGGUGAUGAUUCAGGGCCAGAUAUUGACAGUCUGUCGAUAGGCUCAACACCCAAACCCUCGUUGAGGCCAUUCUUUACCAAUUCACGGAUAAUGUUACAUGAUGGCAGCACUGGUGGCAACAUUGAGCGCAGAUCAUCGGACAAAAGCGACCAAUUGACAAAUUCGUCAUUUCAAAUUGAUAAUAACAAGCAAAAAUGCAUUCAUUUAACAAACAAUAACAAUUCGGCAACACCAACAGCAGAUCGUCUUUGUGAUAAUCGUAAUGAUAGUUCCGGCAAUGAAGGCAAUGCCGUCUUUACCGAUGGUCAAACUUCAGAUCCACAAAAUAGUCCACCACGUGGCGAUCGAGACUUUAUGCGUAUGCAACAUCAGCAACAGCAGGCUCUUACGCCCGUGAAUACCAGUGCCAAUCUAUUGGCUUCAAUGGGACAAAAUGCCAAUAAUGCCACCAAUAUGAAUAACUCCACCACCAACAACACAUCAACAACCACACCCUCAUCAAAUGAGAAACGUUCACGUCUCUUUCGGUCGUCUAGUUCGACACCGGGUGGCGGUAAGAAGAAACAGACACUUAGCCUAAGUGCUGAACCACGCUCAGUAUUAGAGACAUGUUUGUCGCCCACCAAUGUGGAACCACGUAAAAUGCUGCUGGAUCAGUUGAGUCGCAUCUUUGCCAGUGAAGAUUCGGUUAUACCCGAUGAGGUGACAAUAAUAAGUCCACCGGAAGCUUUAAGCUGUAGUAGUUUAGUGCCGAAAUUAACCACAAUGUUUGCGAAUUCCUUUAAACCGGCCUUUGUACCACAGAAUACGGCAGAGGUGAAGGCUGUGUUGCAGGCCCUAAUGGGUAAAAUACAGAAAUACUGCAAUUCGAAUGCCAAACCACCCACCACAGUGAAAAUCCUAUUAAUUGGCGGCGAUUGGUUACAGGGUGCCGUGCUGCGACAUUAUGUCGAUCUAAUGGGUGUACGACCACCAGAUUGGUUAAAUCAUUUGCGAUUUUAUAUUGUACCCAUUGGUAGCAGUACCAUCGCGAGACAUCUCAGUCAAUUGGAUCAGACCUAUGCAGCGAUGUUUGGCUCGGACAACUGGUAUCAGCUGUGUGAGCGGGUGGCCCAAACAGCAGCCGCUGUCAGUGCUGUGACCACCGUGAAUGCCACCUCAUUGGCCGAGACUGGUGCAGCCUCUAAAUCGGAUAUUGUAGAGUUAGUGAAUCGUAUACAACGAUAUUUGCAUGCGGCUGGACCCUGCACACAAAUACCCAUAGCCGAGGCUAUGGUCAAUUAUAAGGAUGAGGAUUCAUGUCAAAUAUUUGUGCCAUUUGUUAGUGAUGUCCGUAUUGGUUGUUUAGAAGGCCCUCAGGCUUCCCUUGAUCUCGAAGAAAACUAUGCUCAACAGGCGACAGCAACUGCAUCGCAACAACAACAACAACAGCAGCAGCAACAACCUCAAUUGCAACAACAGCAACCAUCAUCAAUUACCAAUCCCAUACCCAUUGGCAAUUCGAAUCCACAAAAUCCAUUAAAUAACCAAAAUAUAUCAUCAAGUCUGCAACAAGGUGGCGGUGUUUUAUCGGGUUCACCACCACAAAGUGGUCGUAUAUCACCACCCCUACAAACACCACCCUCAUCAGCAUCCUCGCAUCGUGAACGUCUCGGUGAUAGUUUUAGUGCUACACCACAACAUUUACAGGGUAAUGAAGCUGUUGAGCUGCAAGUCGAUUAUUGGCCAAUCGCCCGACCCAUGGACUAUUCAAGUUCGAAGGAUAAGAGUGCCACCAAGAGCAGUGAUCAGGGUGGCAAGAAUAGCAUUAAGAGUACGUUUAGAAGUUUACAGGUUUGGCGUUUGCCACAAAAUGCCCAGCUGGGUGAAAUAUCGAAUGGUUUGACUGUCUCGUUUGCUACCAAAGAAAAGAAACAAAAGCAAAUUAUGCGUUUGGGCAAGAAAAAAGAAAAAGAUCGUGAUCUCGAAAAGGAGCAAUGUGUUGAAGGCGUUGCCCGUUUAAUAUGCUCACCAAAACAGUCACAUCCAGUGCCAUUGAGAGUUUAUAUCGAUGGCACCGAAUGGACUGGCGUUAAAUUCUUCCAAUUAUCAUCGCAAUGGCAAACACAUGUUAAAAAUUUCCCAAUUGCUCUAAUUGGUUGUACACCAAUGUCAUGUUCGGAAUUAUCCUAGUCAUUUUCUUAAGUAAUAAUAUCAUAGAUUUAUAAAAAAUAUAUAUAAAAACAAAUAACCUACCUAUAAUAA